UUCACCGGUUGCACAUAUCAUAACAUCUAGUUAGUUAUUCACGAGAUUUUGCACUGAUUAGUCAAACAUAGUUUAACAUACUUUCAUUUUUCAAUUUUCAAAUCACAUUUCGGGUUUGUGUAUCGCCUCGUUCAUUUGCAUUUUAAAAUUAACAACUUCGGAACAGGAAUUCGAAAUAAAUCGAAAACAAAAAAAAAAAACAAUUGGAAAAAUGCCACCCACGCAACUAUCUCCAACACAACUGUCAUCAUUCCAGAGCUUGUGCAACUUUUUGGACCAACCAAGCUCACCAACUGGUUCUGCAUUCGCUGGAACAUCGGCACCAGGAUCAUCGGCGUUUCCAUAUUUCUACUCGGCUGGUUCAUUGAUUGCGCAGCCGCAGUCGAUCAAUCAGUUAUCGAAUCUAAACGAAAAUACCUCAAAUUUUUACACAUGUGGAAAUGCAUCGAAUGUUGGUGUAACUCUCAAUUCUCUGUACAACAAUUCACUGAAUGGAGCGUGCAACGAUGAUUUGAUGCGCCUGUUGAAUGGUUUGAGUGGUCUACAAAUCGGUGAUAUUGCUCAAACAAUUCCGGCUCAAAUGCAGCAUACAUGUGGCAUGAAUCAUUUGUCAUCGGCGGCAUCGAAUUCGGAUUUGUUUUCGAAAAUCUAUCAUUUUGGAAAAAAGGUGCCAAAGGACUACAUGUGUCAUAUAUGUUUUAGUAAAGACCAUUUCAUUCGUGACUGUCCAUUGGCGCGUAGAAAGACUGAAGGUCGUACGCCGUAUCAAGGAAAGAAACGAUGCUUUGGCGAAUACAAGUGUACGAAAUGCAAACGAAAAUGGAUGAGCGGCAACUCAUGGGCGAAUAUGGCGCAAGAAUGCAUCAAGUGUCAAAUCAAGAUUUACCCACACAAACAGCGUCCACUUGAAAAACCGGAUGGCUUGGAUGUCAGCGAUCAGUCAAAGUUGCACCCACAAUUGCUCUGCGAAAAAUGCCAAGAUUUAGGUUAUUAUUGCCGCAGAGACCUUUAAUACUUCAUUCUAUAUUUUUUUUUCAAUACUUUUACUUCAUUCGUUCACGUUUAUUUUAUAUUACAUUAGUUAGUAAGUAAUUUUUUCCAAAUGAAA